UACGAGUGUCUCCAAUCGUCAGGAUUUUUAUUUCCCAAAUUAGAGAGCCCACGCAGAACAGGAACGGAGUAGAAGAUGCCUCCGAAGAAGAAUGCAAGGACGCGUCGCAAGCUCGCCAAUCAGUACACGCGCUUCUUCGAUGCCCAGAAGAACCUACCCCUGGACCCGAAUCGAUCGCAUCCAACCCUCUACCGGCGCGAGAGCGUCUACGUGCUGCCCAAGCAGCGCCGGCGCCUCCAGCAGCAGCAGCAGCAUCAGCCGCCCCACCAGGGGCAGAUCAGGCAGCUCGAGCUCGUGCCCGACUGCAGCCCAAAGGCGAAGGGCAGGCCCGCCUGGCGCCCCCGCAAUGAUGUGGAUCACUUCAUGGUCGUCACCGAGGACCACACACAGGGCGACCAGCAGCUGGGCAAUGACCAGCCCCACCUGGACGCCAUCUGCUACGAUGUGAUGCUGGAGCCGCUGCCGCAGGUCCACAUCGAAGGCACCGACGUAGUGCCCACCAUUCGGGGCACACGCCUCAGCCUGUGUGCGGAGCACACCCACUUCCCCCUGGUGGCGAGGAUCGCGCGCAGCAUGGGCUUCCAGCAGGUGCCCGAGCAUCGUCUGUGGAAUGUCCAGUGGACCGACUGCACGCCCCACCAUGAUCUGCUGCGGAGCAUGAAGCGCUUCCAGCAGAUCAACCAUUUCCCAGGGAUGAUGGAGAUCUGCCGCAAGGAUCUGCUCUCCAGGAAUCUCAAUCGCAUGCUGAAGAUGUACCCGGGCGACUACCGCAUCUUCCCCAAGACCUGGCUCAUGCCCACCGAUGCCUACGACGUGACCACCUAUGCCAGCAAGCACAAGCGCACCUACAUCCUCAAGCCGUACUCCUCCGGACGGGGACGCGGCAUCUGGAUAACCCCCGAUCUGAAGACCGUCAGCAAGCGGGAGAAGCUCAUCUGCCAGACGUACAUCGAGCGGCCCCUCCUCAUCGAUGGGUUCAAGUUCGAUCUGCGCGUUUACACGCUGAUCACCUCCGUGGAUCCGCUCCGGAUUUUCGUGUACAACGAGGGCCUGGCCCGCUUCGCCACCCACAAGUACGUGGCGCCCACUCUAGGCAACAGCCACAACGUGUUCAUGCACCUCACGAACUACUGCCUGAAUCGCCGCAACUCCAACUACAAUGUGGGCGAGGGCACGGACGGGGGCUCCAAGCGGAAGCUGAGCGCGUUCAACAAGUGGCUGACGGAGCACAACUACGACGUGCCCGAGUUCUGGGCCUCCGUGGACGAUGCCAUCGUCAAGACGAUCAUCAGUGCGUGGCCGGUGCUGAAGCACAACUACCACGUGUGCUUCCCGCGGCACGACAAGAUCCAGGGCUGCUUCCAGCUACUGGGCUUCGACAUUCUGGUGGACUGGAAGCUGAAGCCCUUCAUCCUGGAGGUGAACCACACGCCCAGCCUGAGUGCGGACGAGGUGGUGGACAAGGAGGUGAAGCGACCGCUCAUUCGGGACACUCUCAAUCUGCUCACGACGGCGCUGGUGGACAAGGAGCAGAUCAUACGCGACGAUCGGAUCGAGCACCGGACCCGCCUGCUGCGGAAGGUGUACAACAAGAAGGGGCCCCAGACGCCCAGCUCCUUUCCCAGCCCUGGCCGGGAGGCGGGCGGCAGCGAGAUGAGGAUGCGACAGGCAUGCUCCAUCGGUGCCCUGGCCCAGCAGAUCGCCUGGGAGGAGAGCCACCUGGGCAACUAUCGGCGCAUCAUGCCGCCCAUGGACUCGGAGAAGGUCCACUACUACUGCAAGUUCUACGACCAGACCAAGCAGCAGUCGCCCUUCGCCAACACGGAGUCGAGUCGGCGGCGGCAGCAGCUCUCCAACAACGCCAUGGAGAAGCACUACAAGGAGCAGCAGCAGCAGCAGGAGAUGCUCCGGCAGCAGCGCUCAAUGAAGAGUUCGCAGUGGCCCGGCGCAGCGCUGGAACCUCUGCUGUCCGUCAGCCCCGUGGUGCUGCAGUCGCGCCGCCGCAAGGAGGAGGCCGAGGAGCAGAGGCGCAAGCAUCGUGCGCUCAUUGCCAGGGAGAUCUACCGCCAAAGGGAGCUGCUGCUGGCCCCCACCUGCGCCAAGGAGCACCUGGGCAUCUGGCAGUCUGUGCAGAGGAACCACAAAAGGGAGGCUCUAUCGAAACUCAGGCCCAGUGUCCGGAUCGUAAAGUGCACCAGCGGCGCCCCCAAGCCCCUCCGGCGCAAGCAGCAUCGCCACGUCCCCCGUCGGGUGCGCCACCAGCGGAUGCUCGAGCGGGAGGCCCUGGACGACAAGCGGUUCGUGGAGCAGCAUGCCAUGGAGCAGAGUGCUCGCCUCAAGGGCGGCAGCUUCAAGCUGGCAGGGCAGCCGAAAAAGAAAAGGCCCCGCAAGAGCAGCCACAAGCCGAAGGUCGAGCAGAGGGAGGUUUCGGAGCUGCCCGGUGUCGCUCUGGACUCUGGACGAUUAAUGGGGCAUUGGAGCCCGGAGCCCAUCAGCGAUGGCGAGCAGGAGGAGUACAGCAGCUGGCUGCAGGAGCGCACCAAGGAACUGAAUGGCUCCAAUCUCCGGGAAAUGAUCUUUUCGAAAAUGUAUCAGCAAGGACAUCUGACCAAGAACGACAUCAAGUGCUUCCCGGAUCUGCUGUAUAACCUGCUCAGCUCUGGUUCGCCCGAGACCGAGACCGAGCCAGAGACCGAGCCAGAGACCGAGCCCGAACCCGAUACUCCCGAUUGCGAAUUCUGAGCCAGGAUCUGUUAGUGUAUCUGCAUCUGUAACUGUAUCUGUGGCUGUGGUGUAUUUUCUCUUACUAUCGCAACAAUUCGCAAUAAAUUCCACGUGUGUAUAUUUCUCAA